ACCCUAAUUUCUAAUUUGGAGCAUAAACAUACAAAACUACUUCUAAAGUUCUAGCAGAAAUAUAACUUAUAAGGUGCCGUCAGAAAAUGUCUGAGAAGAAGGACCUGGAAUGUGAUGUGUUAGUAGUAGGGGCAGGACUGUCUGGUCUGACUGCAGCAUAUCGGAUCCAGCAGAAUGUUCCAGGAUGCAAGGUCAUUGUUCUUGAGGCAAAAGAUCGGAUUGGUGGAAGAACAAUGACUGUUGAAAUGCAGGGAGCUCAUGGACCUGAUUCAUGGGAUCUAGGAGGUCAGUGGGUAUCAAGCUCACAGCAUCACAUUAUGUGGCUCCUUGAAGAACUCGGCAUUGAACAUUACCCACAAUUCAACAGUGGAAAGAAACUUCUCCAAGCAGGCAAAGAGUUUGGGAUCACUGAACACCAUGAUAACAUUCCAUCGUUACCGCUUCUCUCUCUUGUAGACCUUAACAGGUUUAUUACAAAUUUAGAUAGUAUUGCUAUAAAGUCUAUAUCCUGUGAUGAACCUUGGACAGCAGUCAGAGCUGAUGAGUUUGAUAACAUGACACUAGAACAACUUGUAGAAAGCUGGACAUGGACAACAGUUGCUAGGGAUACUAUUGAGACUGGUUGGCAGGUUGUUAGUGGUCUGAGGUUACGAGAGAUCAGCGCCCUCUCUUACAUGUUCUAUCUUAGUUCAUCGGGCGGACUUGAGAAGCUAGUAGAGACAACCGUUGGCUCAGCUCAAGAGUUGAGAAUAAAGGGUGGAUCACAAGGUAUGAGUCAUCAGUUAGCAGAGCGAAUAGACAUCUCAAAUAUCUUUCUGUCUGAACCUGUUGUUUCAAUUGACCAAAGCCAGCCAGACAGGGUCAAAGUACAUUCACAGUCUGGUAAACAUUUCACCUGCAAGCAUGUUAUUGUUGCUGCUCCUCCUCACUGCGCAGGAUCAAUACAGUACUUACCCGAUCAGCCUAUAAGAAGAAUACGACUGACAACAUCAAUGCACACUGGUCAUCUCUUCAAAUUUGUUGCAACUUAUAAAAAGGCGUUUUGGAGAGAGGCUGGUUAUUCUGGUGAGAUCGUUUGUAAUGGUAGCUGUGCCACUGUACCUGGCUGUAACAAGGCUCCUAUUCAGUAUGUCCUUGAUGCUACAACGUCAGAAGGAAGUCCAGCUCUUGUUGGUUUCAUUGGUAACCCAAGCCUCUGGGGACAAGUUAGCUACGAGACGAGAAAGACUGCUAUUCUGAACCACCUUGCCGAUUUCUUUGGACCUGUCGCAAAGAAGCCAAUUGACUUCAUGGAAAAGGACUGGGCUUCAGAACCAUAUAACGGAGGCUGUCCUGUAAGUCUAAUGACGCCUGGUGCGAUGGCAAACUGGGAUACAAUAAGGACACCAUACGGAAGGAUACACUGGGCGGGUACAGAGACAGCCACUCAUUGGAUGGGAUACCUGAACGGAGCCGUCCAAUCAGGGUUGAGAGCCGCUGAUGAGGUCACCCUUCAACUCCAACCUCCACCUCAAUCUCAACGGGGAAGCCAGAGCUCUGAACCAGAAGUUGGCGGAGGUCUGUUGGUAGAGUUAGAUGGAAGGAGAAGAGAGGAGGAGACAUCCCAGGGAUCUGAAGGGUCACUCAUCUGGACGAUGGGUAAGCUGGCGUUCGUGGCGGCUCUGGUGGGAUUCGCCAUGAGGAGGGCGUGGCUGGCUGGUGGUAGAAUGAACCUUCCUUGGUUAUGAAGUGUGUCAUACACGAUGCAUUCAUUCAAUGUUUUUUUUUUAUCUUGUAAGUAUGAAAAUGAACUGCUCAUCUGUGUGGCUCUAUAUGGCAGAUAGAUAUUUGCAAAUCAUCUGUAUUCUGCUGUCAAUAGGGUUGUAAGCAGUUGUAUUACAUAGAAUCUGCUGUAGUAGUCAUCACAUGUCUAUGAAAAAUAGAGGAUCAUCAUUGUUGACACAACCCACUGAUGCAGUGAUAAUAGUAUUCUGAUAUCAAAUGUGUUGAAUAGAAUCUGCUGUAGUGGUCGUCACAUAUUGGUGAUGAUUAGAUCUUCAUCAUUGCAGGCACCAGCUCCCUGUGUGGCUAAAUGGGGUUAGCUGAAUAUAUGCAGAGCUCUGUGUUAUAUCUUGUGAUUCAUUUGUAAGUUAUACAUGAUUAUUGUGUAUCUGCCUGAAAUAAUUCAACAGAAUAUAUCAAUGCCAACUAUUGAAUAGAUAGUAAUUAUGCGAAAAUGAAUUUCUAGAAUUUGAAUAAGAGUAAACUGUUGCAUGUACAUUAAUUGUUUGUAAUCUGAAUGCAGUCUACAUUGUCUUUCCUUUAUGUUUUUAUCAAGUCAUACUGCAAUCAACUUUUGAUGAAAUUGUUAGUUAUAUAGUUGUGGCUACACAGCCCCUUCCCAAGUCUGGGCAGUCCUCGUAACAGGUGUAAUAAAAAGCAUAAAAAUGUAUUCUUUCACUCUUUAUGAAUAAAACAUCUUUU